AUGCUGAAGAGAUGGGAGCGGCAGGCUUGGACAUGCCCGCAAUGCGCUCAUCGACAACGGAAGAUCGUUAAAAGGUGUCUUGUCACAAGCAGCAAUGCCAAGGGUGCUGCAGCGGCGGCGGCGGCAGUAGCAGAAGAGUGGCAGCCAGUGUCGAAGGCAUCAUCCAGCGCCUCCCACGAUGACCGGACGUUACGACACAUCUUCGACUCACCCGGCUUCUGGAAGGAUUUUUCGGCAAAGACGAAGUACCACUAUGGCGGCAGACAGACAGGCUUGUUCCGGAACGGGUACCUCACGCGACCAGAGGGCUUUCAACAGUUUGCUUCGGUAACGUUGGCGAAGUGUGAGCGUAUAGUGACAGCCGUGUUGUCGUAUCAGACCGUUGAAGAGCUCAGACGAGUCGCUCGAGAUCUGGAUCGAUUGAGCGACCUACUAUGUCGCGUGAUCGAUUUGAGCGACUUUGUUCGUUCCGUCCAUCCGGACCGGCGUGUACAGGCUGCGGCGAGCCAGGCCUAUGCGACCAUGUUUGAGUACAUGAACGUACUCAACACGACUACGGGGCUGAAUGAUCAAUUGAAGAAGGCCUCUGCUGUACCGGAGAUCUACGACUCAUGGAGCGAAGAGGAACGUACCGUUGCUGCCAUAUUGAUUAAAGACUUUUCGAAGUCGGCCAUCGACUUGGCUGAGACGGACAGGCAAGCAUUUGUUGACAUCUCAAACGAGAUCGCACAAGUGGGCAACGACUUCGUUGAGAAUAUGGCGGCGGAGAAAAGCACGCUGAGCCUGGAGUCGAGCAGGCUGAAGGGCAUGGAUCCGCUGUUUGUUCGACAGCUGACACGAUGGGGCUCCGUACAGCUGCCGACGGUUGGUAUGCCGGCCACACUUGCGCUCAGAUACGUCGAGGAUGCCGACACCCGGCGCGAGAUCUAUAUGGCAAGCCGGACGUCGUCACACAGCAAUCUGCAAAGACUAGAGCAGAUGUUGAAGCGCAGAGCAGAAUUAGCGAAGCUCAGCGGCUACGAUAGCUUCGCUCAACUGACGCUGGCAGACAAAAUGGCAAAAACGCCAGAAGCGGUGACCUCCUUCCUGGAUGCGCUCGCAAAGGAGAAUGCACCUAGAGCUAGGGAAGAGGUGCAGGACUUGUUGGAGCUCAAAAGGUCAGAAGCAAGGGUCGGCAACUUCCCGGCCGAGCUGAAUGCAUGGGACCGAGACUACUACACAGCCCAGCUCAUGUCCGGCAUGCGCUCGAAAACCCGCGCGCCCGACUUCCUAUCCGCUUACUUUUCGCUCGGCACGGUGAUGCAAGGCUUGUCACGCCUGUUCCAUCGACUUUAUGGCAUUCGGCUUGUCCCGAAGGAGACACUGCCGGGCGAGACAUGGAACCCGGAUGUACGCCGCCUAGAUGUGAUCGACGAUCAUGAGGGCCACAUAGCAGUGAUUUACUGUGAUCUAUUUGAGCGAGCUGGCAAGAGCCCGAAUCCCGCCCAUUUCACUCUGCGAUGCUCCCGCCGCAUUAGCGAAGAAGAGAUGCAAGAAGCUGCCGAGCUCUCUUCGCAGUCUGACAGCCCGUUUGCGACCGCGCAGGAAGCCGCCAACGAUGGCUUGGCGACAAACUUCAACCCUCGUGACGGCAAUGCCCUCUACCAACUCCCCACUAUCGCGCUAAUCUGCGAUUUCUCACUCCCUCCUCAGCCGAACUCCGGUCGGCCUACCCUAUUGACGUUUCGUGAACUUACUACUUUAUUCCACGAGAUGGGUCAUGCCUUACAUUCGAUCUGCGGGCGCACUGCCUUACAGAAUGUCGCCGGUACGCGCUGUGCCACCGACUUCGCCGAGCUGCCAUCCGUGCUUAUGGAGAACUUUGCCUCUGCGCCCGAAGUGCUAGCGCUCUACGCUCGACAUUGGGAAACCGAUGCACCCCUUGACCCAACCCGGAUCAAGGAGCGGGUGGAGCUCGACCGCAGAAUGCAGGGUGCGGAGAUCGAAAGCCAGGUGCUUCUCGGUAUGCUAGAUCAGGAGUACCAUUCUGCCCGACCUUUGACUUGGCCGGAAGGAGGCAUUGGUGAGAGUACGAAACUAUACCAUGAGGUCUGGAACAACUACUCCCAGGUCCCUGAACCGCCUGGGACUUGCUGGCAGGGGUUCUUUGGGCACUUGUUCGGCUACGGAGCGACUUACUACUCGUACCUCUUCGAUCGAGCUAUAGCGGGAAAGAUUUGGAGGGAUGUCUUUCAGCGCUCCGCAAACGGUGCCGUGGACCCGAAUGCUGGCAAGCGGUUUAGGGAGGAAGUAUUGAGGCACGGAGGCGGUAGAGAUGGGUGGCGGUGCGUAGCGGGUGUGCUUGGAGAGGAGGGAAGUCCGUUGGCGGAUGGGGAGCGGAAGGCGAUGGAGGAGGUCGGGAGAUGGGGUGUGCAUAGCUAG